AUGUUUUGUUGCAAAAUAAAAAAUACAAUUCAAAGUUCAAGAAGGAAUUAUGAAUUAUUGGAAGAGAUAGGAAUGGGAUCAUAUGGAAAGGUAAAAUUAGCAAAAGAUGUAGAGAAUAAAAAGAAAUAUGCAAUAAAAUUGGUAUAAAAAUUAGACAAUAUUAAAAAAAGAUUGAGAAGUAAAAGAUGGAAGAAUUUCAUGCAGAGAAUAACAUAUUGAGUGAGAUAAGAAUAUAAUCUAAAUUAAGUCAUCCAAACAUAGUAGAAUUAAUUGAAUACUUUGAAGAUGAUAAAUAUAUAUAUUUAGUGUAGGAGUAUUGUAGUAAAGGAACUCUUCGUUAAUAGAUUUGUAAGAGAAAGUUAUAAGAAUUUGAAAUUUAUCAUUACAUAUAUUAAUUGAAUGAAGCAUUAAUUUAUUUACAUAGAUAACGAAUAGUUCAUAGAGAUAUAAAAGUAUUUAAUAGGAGAGUAUAUAUUAGUUGGACAAUAUUUUAUUGGAUGAUAACGACAUAAUAAAAUUGACGGAUUUUAAUUGGGCAACUAAAAUAAAUGGAUAUGCAGCAGAACCAAUAAAUUGUGGAACUACUCAUUAUAUGCCUCCGGAGAUUGUUUUAUUACAACCACAUAAUGAAAAAGUAGAUAGUUGGUCUUUAGGAAUAAUUAUAUUUGUAUAUAUUCUAUAUAGAUAAAUAUAUAGGAAUUAAUAUUCUAACAUCUUCCAUUUGAAGGAUUAACUUAAGAAGAGUUGCAAAAAUAAAUAAUUUAUCAUAAUCCACUUACAGAUUGUAAGUCUAUUCCAACUGAUUUAAUUAUGUUACUUAAUUCUCUAUUAGCCAAGAAUCCUAUCUAUAGAUUUAAUUGUGAAUAAGUUAAAUUAAGUCAAUGGUUCCAAAGACAACACCACAAUUCAUUCUUAUAACCAGAUGAAUCACUUAAUCUUACUAAUAUUACUUAUAAUAAGAACGAUAAUAUUUGA